AUGCCGGUUGAAGUCGUAGGACAGCGCGGAGUUUUCACGGACGUGGAGACCAGGAACAACACUGAACUGCCGGGAAAGGGGGGAAGAAGGAAGGUCGUAGGACGAGGCGUCGUGCUGCUGCGGAGGGAUUCUGUUCUUGGCGUGGCGGAGGGAUUUGACAGCACGUUCACUUCCGGAAAAGUCCCAGCUCUCGCGGCGGAGUUCGUGCCGCCGCCGGAGUGCCCGGUCUUUGAGCCGAGCUGGGAAGAGUUCACCGACCCGCUCAGCUUUAUCGGCCGCAUCCGGCCUCUGGCGGAGAAAACCGGCAUCUGCAAAAUUCGACCGCCCAAGGAUUGGCAACCUCCAUUUGCAUGUGAAGUAAAAAGCUUUCGUUUCACACCCAGAGUCCAGCGCCUGAAUGAACUUGAAGCAAUGACGAGAGUGAGACUGGACUUCUUGGAUCAACUAGCAAAAUUUUGGGAACUUCAAGGAUCUACUUUGAAGAUCCCUGUGGUAGAGAGAAAAAUCCUGGAUCUGUAUGCUUUGAGCAAGAUUGUUGCCAGCAAAGGAGGUUUUGAAAUGGUCACCAAAGAAAAGAAAUGGUCUAAAGUGGGUAGCCGCUUGGGAUAUCUCCCAGGAAAAGGAACUGGGUCUCUUUUAAAGUCACACUAUGAAAGAAUUCUCUACCCAUAUGAGCUUUUCCAGUCUGGUGUCAGCCUUAUGGGUGUACAAAUGCCUAAUUUAGAUCUUAAGGAAAAAGUGGAGCCUGAGGUUCUUGGCACUGAAGUCCAAACUUCCCCAGAGCCGGGCACAAGAAUGAAUAUUCUGCCAAAGAGAACAAGACGUGUCAAGUCUCAGUCAGAAUCUGGAGAUGUGAAUAGAAACACAGAACUGAAGAAACUUCGAAUUUUUGGAGCUGGGCCUAAGGUCGUGGGCCUGGCAAUGGGAGCAAAAGAUAAAGAAGAUGAGGUCUCCCGAAGACGAAAAGUUACCAACAGGUCAGACGCAUUUAACAUGCAAAUGAGACAACGGAAAGGAACUCUCUCUGUUAACUUUGUUGAUCUCUAUGUUUGUAUGUUUUGUGGUCGGGGAAAUAAUGAAGAUAAAUUGCUUUUGUGUGAUGGAUGUGAUGACAGCUAUCAUACAUUUUGUUUAAUUCCCCCACUACCUGAUGUGCCCAAAGGAGAUUGGAGGUGUCCUAAAUGCGUUGCUGAGGAAUGUAAUAAACCUCGAGAAGCCUUUGGAUUUGAACAGGCUGUACGAGAGUAUACACUUCAGAGCUUUGGAGAGAUGGCAGAUAAUUUUAAGUCUGACUAUUUCAAUAUGCCAGUCCAUAUGGUUCCCACAGAACUAGUAGAAAAGGAAUUUUGGCGGCUGGUGAGCAGCAUUGAAGAAGAUGUUAUUGUAGAGUAUGGAGCUGAUAUUUCCUCAAAAGACUUUGGAAGUGGAUUUCCUGUAAAGGAUGGUCGGAGAAAGAUGCUGCCAGAAGAAGAGGAAUAUGCACUUUCUGGUUGGAACUUGAAUAACAUGCCUGUCCUAGAGCAGUCUGUUCUUGCACAUAUUAAUGUAGACAUCUCAGGUAUGAAAGUACCAUGGCUCUAUGUGGGAAUGUGUUUCUCUUCUUUUUGCUGGCACAUUGAAGAUCACUGGAGUUAUUCCAUCAAUUAUUUGCAUUGGGGGGAGCCAAAGACAUGGUAUGGUGUACCAUCUCAUGCUGCAGAACAACUGGAGGAGGUGAUGAGGGAGCUGGCUCCUGAGUUAUUUGAAUCUCAGCCUGAUCUUCUACAUCAGUUAGUCACCAUCAUGAACCCCAAUGUAUUAAUGGAGCAUGGUGUACCUGUGUACAGGACCAAUCAGUGUGCUGGAGAGUUUGUUGUGACGUUUCCUCGUGCCUAUCAUUCUGGAUUUAAUCAGGGCUACAACUUCGCUGAAGCUGUGAACUUCUGUACUGCUGACUGGUUGCCCAUUGGGCGUCAGUGUGUCAAUCAUUACCGACGGCUAAGGCGCCAUUGUGUCUUUUCACACGAGGAACUCAUUUUCAAAAUGGCAGCAGAUCCAGAAUGCUUAGAUGUGGGGCUGGCUGCAAUGGUGUGCAAAGAAUUGACUCUGAUGACUGAAGAAGAGACACGAUUAAGAGAGUCUGUUGUACAAAUGGGUGUCCUGAUGUCAGAAGAAGAAGUGUUUGAACUUGUUCCUGAUGAUGAGCGACAGUGUUCAGCAUGCAAAACCACAUGUUUUCUCUCUGCUCUCACAUGCUCCUGUAAUCCUGAGCGGCUUGUGUGUUUGUACCAUCCAACUGAUCUGUGCCCCUGCCCCAUGCAGAAGAAAUGUCUUAGAUAUCGCUACCCAUUAGAGGACCUCCCUUCUCUGCUAUAUGGUGUGAAAGUCAGGGCACAGUCCUAUGACACUUGGGUCAGUCGAGUUACUGAAGCAUUAUCUGCCAACUUCAACCACAAGAAAGAUUUGAUUGAAUUACGAGUAAUGCUGGAAGAUGCUGAGGAUAGGAAAUACCCAGAGAAUGAUCUCUUUAGAAAACUCAGGGAUGCUGUGAAAGAGGCUGAGACCUGUGCUUCUGUGGCUCAACUGCUUCUGAGCAAAAAGCAGAAACACAGGCAGAGCCCUGAUUGUGGGAGGACUCGGACCAAACUGACAGUGGAAGAAUUGAAGGCCUUUGUCCAACAACUUUUUAGUCUUCCAUGUGUCAUCAGCCAAGCUCGACAAGUAAAGAAUCUGCUGGAUGAUGUGGAAGAGUUUCAUGAACGUGCUCAAGAGGCCAUGAUGGAUGAAACCCCAGAUUCUUCUAAACUCCAGAUGUUGAUAGACAUGGGCUCUAGUCUCUAUGUGGAGCUACCUGAAUUAGCCCGCCUAAAGCAAGAGCUACAGCAGGCUCGAUGGUUGGAUGAAGUAAGACUGACUCUAUCAGAUCCACAACAAGUCACUUUGGAUGUCAUGAAGAAAUUGAUAGACUCUGGGGUGGGGUUGGCUCCCCACCAUGCUGUGGAGAAAGCAAUGGCUGAACUACAGGAGCUCCUUACAGUCUCUGAGCGAUGGGAAGAAAAGGCUAAGGUCUGCCUACAGGCAAGACCACGGCACAGCGUGGCAAGUUUAGAAAGCAUUGUGAACGAAGCUAAGAACAUUCCAGCCUUUCUACCCAAUGUGCUGUCCCUGAAAGAAGCCUUACAGAAGGCUCGAGAAUGGACAACUAAAGUGGAAGCUAUUCAGAGUGGCAGCAACUAUGCUUACUUGGAGCAGCUGGAGAGUUUAUCUGCUAAAGGGCGUCCUAUCCCUGUGCGUCUUGAUGCAUUGCCCCAGGUAGAAUCACAAGUAGCAGCAGCUCGGGCGUGGAGAGAACGGACUGGGCGGACCUUUCUUAAGAAGAAUUCUAGCCAUACAUUGUUACAGGUGCUAAGUCCCCGAACUGACAUUGGUAUAUAUGGGAGUGGUAAAAACAGAAGGAAAAAAGUAAAAGAACUAAUAGAAAAAGAAAAAGAAAAGGAUCUGGACCAUGAGCCUCUGAGUGAUUUGGAGGAAGGAUUGGAGGAAACCAGAGAUACAGCCAUGGUGGUGGCAGUUUUCAAAGAACGCGAGCAAAAAGAGAUUGAAGCCAUGCAUUCCCUCAGAGCAGCCAAUCUAGCGAAGAUGACAAUGGUGGACCGCAUAGAAGAAGUAAAAUUUUGCAUUUGCCGCAAGACAGCCAGUGGAUUUAUGCUGCAGUGUGAGCUCUGCAAAGACUGGUUCCAUAAUAGCUGUGUUCCCCUGCCUAAGUCAAGUACCCAGAAAAAAGGGUCUAGUUGGCAGGCUAAGGAAGUAAAAUUCCUUUGCCCUCUUUGUAUGCGCUCUCGAAGGCCAAGGCUAGAGACUAUUCUGUCACUCCUAGUAUCCCUUCAGAAGUUGCCUGUACGGUUGCCUGAAGGAGAAGCCCUACAGUGUUUGACAGAACGUGCUAUGAGUUGGCAGGAUAGAGCCCGGCAGGCUCUAGCCACAGAUGAACUGUCUUCUGCCCUGGCCAAACUAUCUGUGUUGAGCCAGCGUAUGGUGGAGCAGGCAGCUCGAGAAAAAACUGAAAAGAUCAUCAGUGCAGAACUCCAAAAAGCAGCUGCCAAUCCAGACUUACAGGGACACUUACCUACUUUCCAACAGUCUGCUUUUAACCGGGUGGUGAGCAGCGUAUCUUCUUCCCCUCGACAAACAGUGGAUUAUGAUGAUGAAGAAACAGAUUCUGAUGAAGACAUUCGGGAGACAUAUGGCUAUGACAUGAAGGACACAGCCAGUGUGAAGUCCUCCAGUAGUCUGGAACCCAAUCUUUUUUGUGAUGAAGAGAUUCCCAUCAAGUCUGAGGAGGUGGUCACUCACAUGUGGACAGCUCCUUCAUUCUGUGCAGAACAUGCUUAUUCUUCUGCUUCUAAGAGUUGUUCUCAAGGUUCUAGCACCCCAAGGAAACAGCCACGGAAGAGCCCUUUGGUGCCCCGAAGUUUAGAGCCUCCAGUGUUGGAGUUGUCACCUGGAGCUAAAGCCCAGCUGGAAGAACUUAUGAUGAUUGGAGAUCUCCUGGAAGUAUCUCUAGAUGAAACUCAACACAUAUGGCGGAUUUUGCAGGCCACACACCCACCCUCUGAAGACAGAUUCCUGCAUAUCAUGGAGGAUGACAGCAUGGAGGAGAAACCAUUAAAAAUAAAAGGAAAGGACUCUUCAGAGAAGAAAAGGAAACGGAAGCUAGAAAAGGUAGAACAACUUUUUGGAGAAGGAAAACAGAAGUCCAAAGAGUUAAAGAAAAUGGAUAAACCUAAAAAGAAGAAAUUAAAAUUAAGUGCAGAAAAAGCAAAGGAGCUGAACAAACUGGCCAAGAAACUAGCAAAAGAAGAAGAGAGAAAGAAAAAGAAGGAGAAGGCUGCUGCAGCCAAAGUUGAACUUGUGAAAGAGAAUACUGAGAAGAAGAGAGAAAGAAAAGUGCUGGACAUCCCCUCAAAGUAUGACUGGUCAGGAGCAGAGGAAUCUGAUGAUGAGAAUGCCGUGUGUGCAGCACAAAACUGUCAAAGGCCUUGCAAGGAUAAGGUAGACUGGGUACAAUGUGAUGGUGGCUGUGAUGAGUGGUUUCAUCAAGUUUGUGUGGGAGUAUCUCCAGAAAUGGCUGAAAAUGAAGAUUACAUCUGUAUAAACUGUGCAAAGAAGCAGGGGCCAGAUAGCCCAGGUCAAGCACCAGCUCCUUCCUUCAUAAUGAGCUACAAACUACCGAUGGAGGAUCUUAAGGAGACCAGUUAGCAUAUACUAAGUUUGUUUGGGACAUGGGGAAAAUGGACCACAUUAAGAUCUUAGUCAUAAAAUUGAGUGGAUUAGAUCCACUCACAAUGUUGCUUCCAAAGACGACUGGCCUUCAGAGAAAGUCCUUAUAGCUGACUUCCUCUUUGCAUGGACUGUGUGAUCUACAUUCUCUAUCAACACGUCUGUGCAGAGGGUGUCUUCUUUGGUACAGCAGCCAAUGUUUCAGUUCAUGUCUCUGUUGAGUAUGGUUUGUUACAUUAAGGCCAGACAUUUGAUUGACCUCCAGGGUGGUUGGUGUGCCGUCAGGGAAUUCAAGAUGUGUCUUAUGGCCAGUUGGUAUUAGAGGUUUAUGACCUAGAGGCAGCACCAUCUGAGGUGCUGAUUAUGUGGCUCUCUUUGUUAGGAUAGUUACAGAGGAGUCAGAGUACCACUUUCCCCACUAUUACCUGGCAUUUAGGGCCCUACAAAUACAACUAGGAGAGGAACAGGGCCAGAGUUAACUCCUGUUAGAAGUCAUGGGAUGGUAGCACAGUCUAGACCUCAGCUGCUUGUGCUUGUUUGUACCAAGAAGAAAACCCCAAGUGAGAGGCAGAUCACCUUAUCUGCCCAAGGAGGAUGUCUUGUAGUUCAGAAAUCUGACUAGAUUGUAUUCCGGGAAGAAGAGCUUUUCUUAUUUCAAGGCAAGGAGCCUUUUUUUUGCUUAGAGAAGUCUUGCUGUCUUGGGUCUACAUUUUAGAGCAGAGAAAGUCCAUGGAUCCAGACUUCUGCAAAAGAAAAGAAGACAAGUUAAUGUUUUACUGAGCCACAGGGAUGCAUGCUUUUGGGGGAAACCUUCAUUCACAAGUAUACUAGAUACCACCAGGCUUCAGGCAUGGCCAUGAACAAGACCAGCAAAUAACAUUUUGCCUUGCAGCCCCGAUGCCAAUGUCUGCUGUUUCCAAUAUUGACAAUUUCUGAUUGUGGUCCACACCAGAUGCUGUUGAAUAACACCAUGGCUUCAUCAGAGGAUGUGGGAUUGUAGGACCUCUGGGUGAUGAAGUUGUUUUAGUAAAUCCAUUUUUUAAAAAAGAAAAAAGGACUUGUUUUUACUUUUUUCUAAAUGUCUCUGACUACUGACUGUUCUAUAAAUAGAUUAUUUUUCCUUUUUUAAUAUACAUAUAUGAAUAUAUAAAUAUAUAUAUAUUUACUGUUACCAGCAGCAUAUGACAGAGUUCCUGUGUCAGAAAUCCUUUUGGGGGCUUGCUUACUCUUUUUUGCUUUUUCAUAAAGAAGUCCCAUUCCUCCUUGUAGUACAAGGAGUUAGCACUUCCUUGUCCAUCCUAGCCUAACCAGAUCUUCCAUUUUGUUUUUGUUCAAAUAAAUAAUUAUAUUUCCUUUGUGCGUUGGGACUUGUCCCUGUCUGUUGGGAAACUUGGUCUUACUGUUUCUGUGAUGGCUGUUUUUGUUUUUGUAUGUGAAUGUUUGAAACUAUGGUGCUGUGUCCUCUUCCUUCCUGUUGUGUUCUCUUUUCUUGUGAAGGUGUUAGGUAAGCUGUAUGGAAACUCUUACUAGAAGGGGACUAAUUUUUUUUUUUAAAGAAAAAAACAAGCAAACUAAAAAUAGUGUUUUGUCUUUACUGUCCUGUGUCCCUUUAAUUUGGUUUAAACAUCUUGUUUGACUUAAUCAGUUUUACUUUAAAGAGGGCAGGAGCAGGGUGGACCUAAAGAAUAGCUUCUAGACUCCUUCCCAUUUUACCCCAAUUUGUUUGAAAGAGAUGUCUUCUAGUAACUAGAAGUAAAAUGUACUGUCCAGUCACAGUUUAAGUGGGUAUGAGAUUUAACUCAAAAGCCAUCUUAUUUAAAACACACACACACACACACACGAAACACAAAAAGCUUUUCUAUAAAAUCCAGUUUUUAUAAAUGUGUUCUGUUUCAGGCUACCUACCUAUUUUUGAGUCACAUAUUGAGUGUUUUGACCUGUUGAGAGGUUCAUAAGUGUUGCUGUGCAUGUGUCUUGAGAAUCUAAUCUCAGUUGUGUGAAUGAUUUAAGAUUUCAGUGGAUAUUGCAAGAUAACCAAUUUCAUAAGUUUUCAUUUUGCCAAACUAUAUAAAGAUACUAAGAAUUUUUUCAUUUGGUCAAUGUUACAGAAGAUAGCACAGUAUUUUUUGCCUUUUGGUCUUUGUAAAAGUAAUCAAAUACUCGUGGGUUAAAAAUUGAAUGCAAUUUUACGUGAUGGCGGUCUUGGAAUACAUUUUUAAAUAUUCUGUUUUUUUCCUUCCUAGUCACCCAUUAACUACUCAGCCCAGUGGAGGGGCAUGAGGAUGCUAAGAAAGAUAGCUAAGGUGCUUUGCUUCUUGAAGUAUGAUAAAUGGAUAUAGGUGGCUGUUUAAGGAAUGCUUUAUUUUCCGAAUAUGGCAUUUGCCUGCUAGAAACCUGGGAGAAAAUGCAGGGCAGUCUCCAACCAUGAAUCAAUAGCUUCCUCUUUUUCUUCUGACAUUUUGAAACUUACAUAUAUCAAUUAAUAUAUACUGUGGGAUUUUCUGUAUUUGAAAAUCACAGAGGAUUUGGUCUGACUCUUGACCAUAGAUUUAGAUCAAGGCUGAGAAGAACAGGUGAAAUUAGUUUUUUUGAGAGAGAGAGAGAGAGAGAGAGAGAGAGAGAAAUUAACAUACAAAUCAAUUUGGAAUUAAUGGACUAAGAUUCAUCUACUUGAAGAAAUGCUGAUGCUCUAACACAAGACAUUGUUUUCAGUUAGAAGAAAUUACUACUUACAACUUAUCCCAUUCUGUGGUAUUGAAACAUUUUUAUAUUAAAACUUAACUUAAAAUGUUUCUUUCCCCAAAUAUCUCCUCAAAGUUGUAAUUCCUCACCAUGGGUAUUUUAACUUAUAUGUCAAUCCUUUCAAAGAUAUUUCCUACUACCUUCAUUAUAAACUAUUUUGGCAAAGGUUAUAGAACGAAAAAUGAAGAAAUGCUAGGUCUUUGAUAGUCUCAAAGGAUGGGUAAUAAGAACUAUGCAAGCUGCUAAGUUUACAACUAAUACAUCGGAGUAGCUUUCUUAUUGGGGGAACAAGGGGCAUUUUGCUGUCACAAAUGUGUAUUUUACUGUGAUAGUUACUGCAACAAAGCCAUGUUGAGAUGUGGAUGCUAGGCUCCCUAAAUUGCUGCAAACCAGCUUUGCACUGCAUGAGUCAAAUUUGUGCCUCAAUAAAAUUACAAAUUACUGUAUAUCAUACUUUGAAUAAUUGAAAAGGCAAACAUUAAAUCUGAUUCACCGUAAUAUACUUCAAUCAAAACUCUAGCAAAGGCUAACAGAUUUGUAAUAUUAGAACAAAAUUUCCUGUACUUUCACUUCUGUUUUCUGCUUUCGUCUUUAACUAAAGUAUCUAAGAAAUUAUUUGUUUUUCUUCAUUUUUUUAGUUUGGGUGCAAUUCAGUGCACGUAAAAGAAACUCCCUGCUUGUCAAUAUUUUGAUUCUAUAAUCAUUUGUGUGAACAUCAGCAAGUACUUAAAAUAGGAGGAUGAAAGGAAAAGUUGAGAAAACCCUUCCAAGUGAGAUUAUCUACUUUUUAAAGGAGAAAGUGACAGUUUUGGAGUGGGAUUUGUAAAUUGUGGAAAAAUUAAGCAGUUAAAGUCCAACGUAUAACCAAGUUUAAUAAAGGGUUUAUGUGUGAACAGUGUGUAGUAAGUUGCUUUUGCAGUAUGUCCUAUAAAUAGAUUUUAAAAAGCAGGUAAAUGAUUUGCUGUCCUCCAUGUUGCUUCUUAAUUAAAGUAUAUAAUUACUUUUUUGAUAUGGAUGUGCCAGCUGGUAUUUAUAGCAUGAGAAGGAAAGGAUGAAUGUUAAUCUAUUUUGGAAUUGCAGUCUUCUCUUGGCUUGGGUCAUAUCCAGUCACCACUAUGCAAUGAAUGAUGUGCACUGGGAAAGGUUAGGAUGGGUUUUUAAAGAUGUAUCCUACUUACCUUUACCAUUGCAGUACUCCAAGAUGUCUAAACAGGAAUGUGUUUUGUAAACCUCAAGACCCUGUGUUGGUUAUUCCCUUAAAUAUUUAUUUAUUUGCUAGUGAGACACCUAAAUAUAAUAUGGAUUAUAAUUUGCCAGGGUUUUUGGUGGUGCCUUAUGAAAAGUAUAACCUGAUUUCUUGUUUUUUGAGCAUGUUUUGCAUUUUUUGUUUUCUGAAAGAAUAUUAGAUAUGGUUAUUUGCAUUGCAUCUAAAAAAUAAAGAACAUUUUUAUGUGUG